CAGGUGGUGCGGGCGGUGGCGGAGGCGGUGCGGGGCCGACCCAAGUCGGUGGCGGGGCUGCACGUGCACAGGGUGCGCCAGGCGGCUGAGCGGGUGGCGCGAGUGGGGCUGCUGGGGCCGCAGCAGCUGGGGGAGCUGAGCAGGGCGCUGGGCCAGCUGCUGCCUCAGGAGCCCGCCCCACCGGGCCCUGGAGCACCCGCACCCAGCCCCCCGCCCCCCGACCCGCACCCGCAGCAACACCCCGCGUCCGCGGACAACACUGCCAGCAGCAGCAGUGAUAGCAGCAGCAGCGAGGGCGGUGGUGGUCCUCCCUCCACUCCCGCCGCCCUCUCCCUCAGUCUGCACCCCCCCGCCGCCCCCGCCACCGCCUACCUCACCACCCCGCUGCUGCUGCUGCCGCCGCCGCAGCUGCAGCAGGCGCUGUACGGCAGCUGGUGCGGGCGCACGCGGGACGCCAUCCGCUACCACCGGGG